AUGGAGAAUCUGACCAUUUCUGUGACUGAGUUCAUCCUCGUGGGUUUCCCUGGAACCUACAAGUUCCAGGUCCUCCUCUUUGCGACCUUCUUCAGCAUCUAUACUGUGACCAUGAUGGGCAACCUCCUCAUCAUCAUGCUUGUCUUUGCUGACUAUCAACUGCAUACACCCAUGUAUAUUUUCAUUGCCAACCUCUCCAUCUUGGAGGUUCUGCUCACUAGCACAGUCAUUCCCAAGAUGUUGGCCAACAUGGUAAUCCCUAGCUGUAUUACUCAAGCCUACUUCUACUUCCUGACAGGCUCUACUGAGUUCUUUCUCCUUGCUGUCAUGUCUUUUGACCGCUAUGUGGCCAUAUGCAACCCACUGCGGUAUGCUGUAAUCAUGAGUACUCAUGUCUGCUUCCAGCUAGUGGCUGCCUCAUGGACCUGGGGGUUUCUGGCUUUGAUCACACCCACCAUCCUAGUAAGCCAGCUAUCAUACUGUGGCCCCAAUGUCAUCAAUCAUUUCUUCUGUGAUGUGGCACCAUUGCUCAAGCUCUCAUGUUCUGACACAUACAUCAUUGAGGUGGUAGAAUUUGCCAUAUCAGCCUUGCUCCUUCUAGGUUCACUGCUGGUGACAGUGGUGUCCUACACCGUCAUCAUUGCAACAAUCCUCAGAAUCCCAUCUGCCGCUGACCACCAGAAGGCUUUUUCCACCUGUGCUUCACACAUCAUUGUGGUAACACUUUUCUAUGGAAGCUCUAUCUUCAUCUAUGUUAGACCCAAUAAAAGCCAGUCUUUGGACCUUGACAGAGCAGCCAGUAUCCUGAAUACAGUGGUGACUCCAUUGUUGAACCCUUUCAUCUAUAGCCUCCGGAACAAGCAAGUCAAAGAGGCUCUGAGAGAUGUCCUCAGGAAGAAAAUAUAUUAUUUUCACGAAUCCUGGGCUACUUGA